GGUCCCUGCCGCACUCCGGCCCGCAUCUCGCCUCGGAAGGCCGCCGUUCAGCAGGUACACACUAGUGAAGAGCAUUUGCAAUCUCCAGCGUGCGUUGCUCUGUCUCUUCCGCCAGGUGCCUCAGGCGUACCGAAAGGAUGCUGCUGUUUGCUCUGCUCGUUCUAAGUCGCAGUACCCUAGGUUUACCUAAUACUGAUUUCGUCACUAUCCCACCUUGGGUAUCCACAGAAAGUCAGCCAAUGACAACCGAUGUACCGGUAACUACAAGAGAGAAAGCUGAUGACUUGGGCAUACGAUUGCCUAGCUCCUUGAAACCACUCCAUUACCUGGUCAAACUCCAACCCUUUAUCAAUGGCAACUUUAGCAUCUUCGGCUAUAUGGAGGUGGAGAUGGAGGUGCUGGAACCGACCUCCAAAAUCAAGCUCCACAUGGCCGACAUCAUCACUAAAAAUGAUACAGUAACGUUGUAUACAGCGGGCCAAACGCCAGGCCGAGAUCUGUGGAUCAAGAAGCACGAGUAUGAUCAUGAUCGUCAGUUUUAUAUCCUCCAUUUGACGAGAGAGCUACAGAAGGGAAGGAAAUACGUGCUCUCCAUGGAGUUCCUUGGCUAUCUCAAUGAUAAGCUGCACGGCUUCUACAGGUCGACCUACAAGGAUAUUGACGGCAACACAAGGAACGUGGCUGCAACACAGUUCCAGCCCACCGACGCCCGUAAAGCCUUUCCUUGCUUCGACGAGCCUGCACUGAAGGCAACCUUUGAAAUUCACCUCGCAAGGGAAUCUUGGAUGACGACCCUCUCCAACAUGCCCAUCGCCGAAACUUUUCCUGUCAUCGGACAAGAGGGUUGGGUGUGGGACCGAUAUGAGAAGAGCGUCCCCAUGUCAACCUACCUCGUCGCCUUCAUCGUGUCGGACUUUGCUCACGUCAGCACCAUAGUGAAUGGCAACGUAUUAUUUCGAGUGUGGGCACGACAAGCAGCGAUAGAUCAGUCAGAGUAUGCGAUGGAGGUGGGCCCCAAGAUCUUGAGUUACUUUGAAGAAUAUUUCAAUCUGCCUUUCCCCCUCCCGAAGGUAGACAUGGUUGCUUUAACCGACUUCUCUGCAAGAGGCAUGGAGAACUGGGGUCUUAUGACUUACAAAACAACAGAAGAAAACUUGGGUGCAUUAGUGGCUGAUAUAAGCAACUUUCAAGAAACGUACCUCCUGUACAACCGGGAAGUGUCAACCCCAGGCGCGAAGACGGCCGUUACGGAGAUAAUAUCACACGAAUUGGCUCAUCAGUGGUUCGGUGAUCUUGUUACCCUUGCGUGGUGGGACGACCUCUGGCUCAACGAGGGAUUUGCAUCCUACAUAAGUUUACUUGGCAUGAAUCAUGCACAGCCAACUUGGAAAAUAAUGGAAACAUCCCUCAUAACAAGACUCCAUGGUGUGCUCGGUCCCGACAGCCUGGAGUCCUCACACAGGAUCAGCAUCAGCGUUGGUCAUCCGGACGAAAUCGCCGAAGUCUUUGAUGUCAUAUCCUAUAACAAAGGAGCGUCUAUCAUCCGGAUGAUGGCCCAUUACCUCACCGAGGGAGCGUUUAGGAAGGGAUUGAACAACUACCUAAACUUAUUCAAGUACAAGAAUGCCGUGCAAGAUAACUUAUGGACUUGCCUGACAAUGGUGGCUCACCAGGAUGGCAUUCUACCUCAGGACGUGACUGUGAAGAUGAUCAUGGACACAUGGACGCUGCAGACGGGCUACCCUGUCAUCAAAGUGAUAAGGAGCCCAGACGGAUCCUCUGCCAUUUUGACACAGGAGCGGUUCCUCCUAGAAAGGAGCGCAAACUCUUCCAACACCACGGGUUACAAGUGGUGGGUGCCGCUGACGUACACGACCCAGAGCGAGGCCAACUUCAACCAGACUCAAGCCAGUCUAUGGAUGAAGGACUCUGAGGAUCACGUCACCGUCUCAUCUCUCCCCCCGAAGGACCAGUGGGUCAUCUUCAACCUACAGGAGACGGGCUACUACAGAGUCAACUACGACGACCACAACUGGAAUCUUAUUAUCCAGCAGUUGAAGAAAGACCAUCAGGUUAUUUGCCCCAUCAACAGGGCGCAGAUAAUCGAUGACGCUAUGAAUCUUGCUAAAGCAGGCCACCUCAGCUACAAGAUCGCCAUCGGUGUGUAUGCCUAUCUACGGAGUGAAGGUGAUUAUCUGCCUUGGGCUACGGGCGUCAACACACUCGAUUACAUAAAGAGGAUGUUCCAAAGUAAAGCCGGACUUGGCGCUCUUAAGCGAUACCUCCUGGAUAUGGUGUUGCCGCUCUAUGAAGCUGUCGGGUUCGAUGACAAGAUAGAGGAUCCUUACUUAGAGCAAAAGAAGAGGAAGAUAGCUGUGCACUGGGCUUGUAAACUGGACCACAAGGACUGUCUCGACAAAGUGCUCAACCUCUACAAGCAAUGGAUGGCAAAUCCAGACAACACAAGCAUUAUUUCACCCAACCUCAAAUGGACGGUGUACUGCAACGCCAUAAAGGAGGGCGGGGAGGCCGAGUGGGACUUCGCGUGGGACCAAUACCUGAGGACCAACGUCGCCAGUGAGAAAACUCUCCUUCUCGCCGCCAUGGCCUGCACUAAAGAAGCCUGGAUCCUGUCUAGGUACCUUGAGAUGGCUAUUAACGACACCAGUGGGAUGAGACUGCAAGAUGUAAGGGUUGUAUUAGCGUACGUCGGUACCAAUGACGUGGGACGCUCCUUGGUCUGGAACUACCUCACACGUAACUGGAACGAUAUCUACACGUUCAAGAAGAGGAGGAAAGGGGAAUUAAUGAAGCAAAUAACGGAAUCCUUCAAUACAAAACAGGAACUUGAAAAGGUCCAGUCGUUUUUGAGGAUGAGGGAGGUGUCCUUGGAAGGGAACCAGAGGAACGUCCAGCAAGUCGAAGAGAAAAUUAGAAACAACAUCGCCUGGAUGGACGCCAACUAUGACGUCAUAGUCCAAUGGCUGGAGGAGAACGGUUACUCCUCGAAACUCAGGGUCGCUUGAUAUCAUCUUCGUCCGUCGCCUUUCUUUACAUUUGUUUGAAGAUCAUCAGGCAUGUACACACACACACACACACACACACACACACACACACACACACACACACAGAGACACACACACACACACACAGACACACACACACACACAGACACA